AUGACUCCUCGGCGGCAACCGCAACAGCAGCAGGGACAGGGGACAGCAGAGGGUAGCACGACGGCUCGGAACCCUUCGGCACCAUCAAGAUCGCGCCUGCAAGGGUCAAGGGCUGCGUGUUCCCUGCUCACGGCGGCGGCGGUGGCAGCAGUGACAGCUCCGCUUACGGCCGAGGCCUGGGUUUCACAUGCGGCUGCGCGGAGCUCACGCCAGGCACAGACAUUAGGCUGGACGAGCAGGGGUAGCAGCGGACACCAUCGCUGCCAGGUUCAGCGGCAGCGAGGUAGUGGUGGUGGCAGUCGUGAGAGUUCCCAGCUGUCUGGGCGUGGGGUCAGCGGGAGGAGAAGGAGGGUCGUUUCAUGUCGCAGCCAGGCCGUUGACGAAGCCUCAUCCACAGAGCACAAGCCGAUGGAGGAAGGGGACGAGGUUCUGAUCGACUUCGACGAGAGCGAGUUCGACGAGUCGGAGGACUUCUUUGCCGUCGAGGGAGAGGAGGAAGGCGACGAAGGCGACGAAGGCGGCGAGGAGGGCGACAGCACAAGUGGUCCCGUGCAAGUGAUCGGGGUGGAGGAGGCCAUGGACCGCGUUCGGGAGCUGAAGAAGCUCGGCCCGCCGGUGCCGGUGAAGGGAGAGCGCGCCCGCUCGAAGCGCAGGUUUCCGGUCGUGGCCGUCAUCGGUCGCCCUAACGUGGGGAAGAGCACGGUAGUGAACCGGCUGGCUAAGCGCUUCAAGGACGGGUCGAUCGUGUUCGACGAGUCCGGCGUUACGAGGGACCGGACGUACAAGCGGGCGUGGUACUGCGGCAAGGACUUCGACGUCGUGGACACGGGGGGGUUGGUGUUUGACGACAAGGGGGGGGACGUCUUCGCGAAGGAGAUCAGGCAGCAGGCGCUGAUCGCGCUCGAGGAGGCCACGGCGGUCAUCAUGGUGGUGGACGGCAUAGUAGGCUGCAACGUGCUGGAUCAGGAGAUCGCUCGGUUCUUGCGGCAGCAGAAGGUGCCCGUCGUCCUCGCCGUGAACAAGUGCGAGUCCCAGAAGUAUGGAGAGAUCCAGACGGCGGAGUUCUGGUGCCUCGGUCUUGGCGAGCCUUGGCCAAUCAGCGGCCUUCACGGGGACGGGAUCUACGACAUGAUGGAUAACGUGGCGGAGCACCUGUACGAGGUCGACGAGAACGCGGAGGAGGAGGACAACAUCAACGUCGCUAUCGUGGGGAGGCCAAACGUUGGAAAGUCCAGCCUCCUCAACCGGCUUUUCGGAGAGACGCGGUCUAUCGUUAGCGACGUGCCGGGCACCACCCGCGACUCCAUCGACGCCAUGUUCGAGCGGGGCGGCAGGACCUACCGGCUUGUGGACACGGCGGGGAUUCGCCGCAAGGGCAAGGUGGACUACGGUAACGAGUUCUUCAUGGUGAACCGAGCGUUUAAGGCGAUCAGGCGAGCGGAUGUGGUGCUGUUGAUGGUUGACGUGGAGGCCGGCAUCACGGACCAGGACCGUGUUUUGGCUGACCGCAUCCAGUCGGACGGACGUGCCUGCGUGGUGGUGUGCAACAAGUGGGAUCUGGUGGAAGACAAGGACGACUCCUCCUACAACAAGGCGGUGGAAUACGCGAGGCAAAUGCUGUCUCCGGUUAAGUGGGCGGAGGUUUGCUUCACUUCCGCGAAGACGGGUCAGCGGUGCACCAAGUUGUUCGACCUCGUGGACGAAGUUGCCGUUCAACACCGGCGGAGGGUCAAGACGAGUGUGCUCAACGAGGUGCUUCGCGACGCCGUGCUUUGGCAAGCGCCCCCAAGCAAGAAGUCCUCUGGCGCGUCUCAGGGCAAGAUCUACUACUGCAACCAGAUCGCGACUCGCCCGCCGACGGUGGCUGUCUUCUGCAACAACCCGAAGCUGUUCGGCGACAACUACAAGCGCUAUCUCGAUCGCAAGUUCAGGGAGCAGCUGGGCCUCAAGUCCACCCCGAUUCGGUUCCUGUGGAGGGGCAAGAGGCUUCGAAGGAUGGAGCAAGACAACCGGAGAAACCCCAAGCCGUACUCCGACAAGUAAACGCGAGACAUUUCCGCCACGACUACGAAACAAUCGUGUCAAGCUUCUGUUUGACUGUGGCAAGUGGGUUUCUGGAAGUAGAAAGUUCCUUGUCAAAUAUUCCUUCUCCAUCGUACGAGUUCAGGGGCGGGGGUCGGAUAUAACACUGGCAGGUCUGCAGCCGGACGGGCAUGGCGAGCGGUUGCGUGUGCUCCGGAAUAUUGUGUGCAGCUUGUGGAUGAAACGCCUGGCGGCGAGUUGUACUUCAAGCUCUGCUGUCUCCUUAGUCUCGCUGGAAUAUUCAAGCAUCUGGAUUCACUUUGUAGUUCCGGGAGUUUGUUGAGUCCCUGGGGGCGUGCUUGCACAAUGCCCUCCUAGCGUUCGUGAAAGCUGGAGAAGGCACACCAACUAGGUCGAAGAAUGGAGCAGAACAUUGAAAUGAACAGUAGAAACAUUGUGUCGCGCGGAAAGAAUCGACAAGAGUCAAGCUGUUCCCGACCUUGCUUUGAGCCCUCUCUGAGUGUGCGGCUACUAUUGAAUGACUUGACGUUUGAGGGCGAACGCCGUGCUGUGGUCGACCUAUAUAGACUACAUCGAAUUAUUGCCAGAGAUGACUCGG